AAUUACCUCUUAAAGGAGUUUAAUCCCUUCGGCUUCCACCAUGCCCUCCCUCUCUGACGGAGGGUAACCCUGAUUUCUUCAACACGACUUGUCCUUCGGGGCGGGGACUGUCCAGAUCAUUCCGCCCGGCCCUGCCCCUGGGACAUUCUACCCGGGGCAGCGCUUUGCAUUGAAAUGCACGCGGGCGGCCUGCAGACACCCUGGACAGCUGGAGCUAUGGAGGAUGAGCUGAAAGCCUGUGACGGGCCAGGGACAUCUGGGACCGCUGGAGACGCGCCGCCUGGUCCCCGCGUCUAUGCACGCCGCUGGGUCUUCUUGCUGGUGGUCAGCCUCCUGAGCUGCUCCAACGCCAUGCUGUGGCUGAGUUUUGCACCUGUGGCAGACACCAUAGCACGCCACUUCUUACUGUCCAUGGAGCAGGUCAACUGGCUGUCGCUGAUCUACCUUGUGGUGUCCAUCCCAUUUGGCAUGGCAGCCAUCUGGGUUCUGGACUCUGUUGGGCUCCGUGCUGCGACUAUCCUGGGUGCAUGGUUGAAUUUUUCCGGGAGUUUGCUACGUGCUGUUCCCUGCUUGGAUGUCAGGAUCCCCAAUCCCUUUGCCUUCUUCUUGAGUGGGCAGGGCCUCUGUGCCUUGGCCCAGACCCUGGUCAUCUCUUCUCCAGCCAAGCUGGCUGCCCUGUGGUUUCCAGAGCACCAGCGAGCCACGGCUAAUAUGAUCGCCACUAUGUCAAAUCCUCUGGGCAUCCUUAUGGCAAAUGUGCUGUCUCCUGCCCUAGUCAAGAAGGCAGAAGACAUCCCUGUGAUGCUUGGCAUCUACAUUGUCCCUGCUGCCCUUGCCUGUCUGUUGGCCACUGCCUGCCUCUGGGAGAGUGUGCCUCCUACUCCACCCUCUGCAGGGGCUGCCAGCUCAACUUCAGAGAGUUUCCUCCACGGGCUCAAACUGCUCAUACAGAAUAAGGCCUACGUUAUCCUGGCCAUCUGCUUUGGUGGUGGCAUUGGUGUCUUCUCCAGCUUCUCGGCACUCCUGGAGCAGAUCUUUUGUGCCAAUGGCUACUCCAAUGAGUUCUCAGGCCUCUGUGGGGCUCUCUUCAUCGUGUUUGGGAUUUUGGGGGCACUGCUUCUAGGCCUAUACGUGGAUCGGACCAAACGCUUCACCGAGGCCACCAAGAUAGGCCUCUGUCUGACUUCCCUGACCGUCGUGGCCUUUGCUCUGAUGUCCCAGCUGCAGGGGCAGACCUUCGCAUUGGCCGCCAUCUGCUCCCUCCUUGGGCUCUUUGGCUUCUCAGUGGCACCUGUGGCCAUGGAGUUGGCAGUGGAAUGCUCAUUCCCUGUGGGCGAGGGCGCCUCAGCUGGUUUGAUCUUUGUCCUGGGGCAGGCGGAGGGCGCGCUCAUCAUGCUGCUGUUGACAGCGCUGACUGUGAGGCGAACGGGCCCAUCCUUUUCUACCUGCGGGCAGGGCGAGGACCCUCUGGACUGGACGGAGUCCCUGCUGGUGCUGGCCGGUCUAUGUACCCUUUUCACCUGUGUCUUGGUGCUCUUCUUCAAGACCCCAUACCGGCGCCUAGAGGCCGAGUCUGGAGGACCCCCUUCUCCCGGGAUGUCUGCCAGGGAGCCACGGAAUAUACGCCCCACCCACGUACCACCCCUUGAGACUCCUGGUUUGAAUCCUUCAGCUGGUGCCUUGACGGGAGCACCUGGUUCUCUCUCCAAAGGACACUCAGAAUGGGCAGAGACCAUGGCCAGAGAUGUCUUGUAAAGCGUGGGCUUCAUAGGAUCUCUUUUAUUGUGCCAGCCACUCUAAAAUCUCUGACAGAGACACAGAACCCUUUAGCAUACCAGGGUAUGACAGGAUGGC